AUGAACCCGCAUCCUACUGUGGCCCUGAACGCCUCAGGAGGAGUUCAGCUUUUGAACUUCAGCCAGCUGGAGUUUGACCACCGACGACUCCUCCAGUUAUACAGAAGGAAGGAGGAGGCUGAGGCCUAUUUUGUGGACUACAUCCCCCCAGCGAGGGAUGCCAUUACUCUGCCUCGCAGUGUGGUCUAUGUCCUGGUCGGCGUGGUGUUGGUAGUAGUGGCCACUUACGCCAUAGUGAGUCACCUCAUUAAAGACCUGAUGCAUGACCUGGCAGGUAACCUCAGGAAGGAACAUCUUCUACUGAUGUCCUCCUUUAUUUACGCCUCAGCAGUAUGCACAUCAUUCAAACAAACAGACAGGUCACAAAGCAAAGAAAUGUUCUCAGUGUGUGUGCUAACUCUUCUCACAGACUGGAUCUUUGGGCCCAAACCAGUCGAGGAAGAUCCAGAGGGAGGAAGUGCAAAUACAGAGGAAGAGCGGCGGUACAGCAUCUCCAGUAGGCUGAUGGAGACAGGAGACGGGCCGGGGACGGAGGAAGAAAAACGUGUGCCGCUGCCCGGUUUCCAUCAGGGAGGCGGAGGCUGCUGCCAUCCAUCCACAGCUCCUCCGCCGAGAAGCGCCAUCACUUCAUCCUACUGCGGAGAAAAAAGGAUUUCCACGCAUAGUGUGACCUUCGCCUGCCCCGUCGGCCCUUAUGCCACCUCCCUCUAG